GGCGCUGCUCUGGAAAGUUGGACAGAUGCAGUGAGCAGAUAAUUCCCCACUCAUGCUCAUUGCCAGUGCAAGGAAGAGACUUCUCAGCAUCUGAAGAGAAGGGCAGAAGAAAUCCAGGGGGUUGGUGGUGGAAAGUCAAAUCAGUUCAUUCUGUUGUUACAAAAUUGGGAGGAAUUCAUUAUUUUUUUUUGAUUGCUUUUGCUGAACACCUCUGAUUCAAGACCAGACAGAGAUGAUGGCUUGCACUGAAAUUAUCACGCUAUGCCUGCAGACAGGCAAGUACGCUGGAAAUAAAGCGGGCAGCAGCCGCGCCGUCGCCGCCGUUCCAGUAUUCAUUGAUAUCUUUCGAAGGGCUGACAAGAAUGACGAUGGGAAACUGUCCUUCGAUGAGUUUAAGGCGUACUUUGCCGAUGGGGUGCUGAGCACUGAAGAAUUGCGGGAGCUGUUUCACAAGAUUGAUAAGCACCACACUGACAACUUGGAUACAGAAGAAUUGUGUGAGUAUUUUUCGGAGCACAUGGGUGAGUUUGAAAGUGUCCUGUCUGCAUUGGACCAACUUAAUAUCUCCAUUCUCAAGGCCAUGGACAAAACCAAGAAGGAAUACCAGAGCUCGUCGAUGCUGGAGCAGUUUGUGACUCGUUUCCUGCUGCGUGAGACCAUGGAGCAGCUCCAGUCUCUCCAGGGCUCCCUGGAGUGUGCAAUGGACACCAUUGAGGAGCAGACCAGUCGAGAGAGACGGGAGGUGCAGGUGCCUGAAGUCCCGCCCGUCCACCGGCCUGUGAGGAGGUUCGGCCGCAGAGGUCAGAAAUCCAUCUGCCUGUCGCCCAGUGACCCCUACUCUGGGAUCCUGCACUCAGGGGUUUGUGUGGAGCCGGCGAGCCAGUGGGUGACUCAGGUUAACCGACUGCAGCAGCUCAUUGACAGGUUGGAGUACAAGACACCGAGACUGGAGCCCUUAAAGGAAGAAGUGAUUGAGGAAACAACAAAAACGCACAUCCUGGUGGUGCAGCGGCAGAUGUCAGCGUUGGAGGAAGAGGUGGAGGAAUUCCGACAAGCUCUGGAAUGCUACGUGGAGUCCACGGCUAGUCAGACUGGGAGCCUGCACAUCUCCGUUCAGAAGUUGGGGAACGAGAGCUGCUUCCUGGUCUACGAACUCUGGCAGGACAGGACUUCGUGGAGGAGCCACUUGCAAGCGAACCACAGCAAGACCUUCCAGAGGAAUAACGUGGACUUCCUGGAGACUCCCGAGAUCAUGACAACCAUGUUGCUCCCCGCCUCCUGGUGGAUCGUAAGCAAGAACAACAACAACUGAACCCUUUGCAUUCGAAAGCAACAUCACAUCACAAGAACCUUCUCAGCAAAGCCUCAUCCACGAGAACGUCUGAUGUUGCCUCUGGAACCGAAGAAGCCAUUCAAAGCAAGGCCCAAAAUGAUGAGAUAAACAAAGCUGCACUCUCUAUGACAACUAGCUACUGUGUAAUUUGAUUGCCAAAAUUAUUUAUUGUGAAAUGCAGAUGGGAUGCAGUUGACCUCUGAGCCCCAGUGUGACUUGAAGAUAACUUAUGGUUUACCUGUACGCAGUAACCCACACCUCUGCUAAUUCUUUACCACAGCACAGCACUAGCUUGCUUCGUAAUGUAAUGAAAUUGAAGUGGUCAACGUGUUUGUUUAAUGAGCCAAAUGUCGCGUGAUACUUGGAAAGGAAGGAUUUGAAAGAUUUUGGUGACAGAGUGGGGCAGUGGAAUUGAUUGGGCCAAGAGUGAUAUCGGAACGUGUAGGAAGGAACUGCAGAUGCUGGUUUAAACCGAAGAUAGACACAAAAAGCUGGAGUAUCUCAACGGGUCAGACAUCAUCUCCGGAGAAAAGGAGUUUUGGGUCUGAAGAAGAGUCUCGACCCGAAUCAUCACCUAUUCCUUUUCUCCAGAGAUGCUGUCUGGCCCGCUGAGUUACUCCAGCAUUUUGUGUCUAUCUUCGGUGAUAUCUGAACGCUUUCCUCCCCUGCUAUAUCCUGCCACCAUAUAUGUUAUUUUUGUAUAAUCGUUGAGGGAGGUUAUCCAUUUAAUUAUGUGCACAAGCACCUAGAAAUUGAUUCCAUUAAGGCCUGUUUCUCAUGAGGAGAUUGUGUAUACAUGCAGUGCUUUUGUUGUGAUGGUGCCUGCACCUUGGAAAAGUUAAAUGUCAAUAUUUGGUUUUCCAGCUAUUUAACACGUAUGUUUGUUUUUCCAGCUAUUUAACACAUAUGUAUGCAUACGUGUGCCUAUUUAUGUGCAGAAACAAAACACGCUGUAUAAAUGUGAUUAAGCCUGGAUUAGAUGGCACUAGCAACUCAAAUAAAAUCUAAAAAUUUGCAGA